ACUGUCAAACACGUUGUCAAAUUUAUGGCCAAUGUUUACCAUAUUUAAAAAAAAGGAAAUUUAAUUUUUCAAAUACCAAGUAUCCAAAAAUAUAAGACAUGAGUUCCGAAGAAUCAUUUUCUCCCAUUUUAAUUGCUCUACUCCUUAUAUUCGUCACAAUAAUAAUAUUUUUUCUUAAGCGAAUCCUAAAGAGUGGAAAACGUAACGUACUUCUUACCGGCUUGAAUGAAAGUGGAAAAACGUUGAUUUACUCACAGUUGUUGCAUAACAAACAUGUAACUACUUUUACAUCAAUUCAGGAGAAUAUUGACGAAUACCAUGUGGAAGGAAAAUCAGUUACAAUUAUCGAUUUACCAGGAUUUCACAGCAUCAGACAACAAUUUUUCGAAAAACAUAAGGAGAGUACUAAAGGCAUAAUUUAUGUAAUUGAUUCAGUUACUCUCCCAAAAAAUAUAAGGGAUGUAGCUAACGUUCUGUAUAACAUUUUAACUGAUCCUGUUGUGAUGAAAGCUAAACCAGAACUAAUGAUUCUUUGCAACAAACAAGAUCAGACUUUAGCAAAAGGUUCAAGUGUUAUAAAAUCAAUGUUGGAGAAAGAAUUGAAUACCUUAAGGAACACCCAGUUAAAUCAACUGGAACAGUUGGAUUCAAAGGAUAAUGCGAGAUACAAAUUAGGGGAUGUGUCGAAGGAUUUUAGUUUUUCAAAUUUAUAUUGCAAAGUGGAGUUUGCUGAAUCUUUUGCUUUUAAUAAAAAUGGAAGUGUAGACUUACAAGCUUUAAAGGUGUGGUUAGGAAGAUUGGUUAAUUAAAUAAAAUAAAAAUAUUUACAAUUAGGUAAUGGAUGAUUUUAUAAUAAAACAUUCAUUUUUUAAUAAAUUUUGUUAUUUUUUUGUAAUAAUUUAUUUUUUUGUAUUGUUACAUUUAUAUAUACAAAUAUAACAUAAAACAAA